AUGUCUUCCGCCGACCCUUUCGAUAGCGCCCUGGACCUCCUCCGCCGCCUGAACCCCAAGGACACGGCCACGAACGUCGACCGCCUCUGCCAGCUCGCUCCGUCGCUCACCGAAGACCUGCUCGAGUCGGUCGACGUGCCGCUCGCCGUGAAGCGCUGCCCCAAGACCAAGCGUGACUUCCUGUGCUGCGACUACAACCGCGAUGGCGACAGCUGGCGGAGUCCGUGGAGCAACGAGUUCGAGCCCCCGCUGGAGGACGGCGAGGGCGUCUUCCCCAGCGAGCGCGUGAGGAAGAUGGAGCUCAAGGCCAACGAAGCCUUUGACGUCUACCGGGAGCUGUACUACGAAGGCGGCAUCUCGAGCGUGUACCUGUGGGACAUGGAGGACGGCUUCGCGGGUUGUGUGCUGCUGAAGAAGUCCGUCUCGCCAUCCAGCAAGACCACGGGCGGGUGGGAUAGCAUACACGUCUUCGAGGCGCUUGACCGCGCUCGCACUGCCCAUUACAAGCUCACCAGCACUGUCAUCCUCAACCUCGGCACCGAUGGCAACGAUCUUGGAUCGUUGGAUCUCAGUGGAAACAUGGUUCGCCAGGUGGAACAGGACAUGCCUGUGGACGAUGACACGUCGCACGUUGCGAACAUUGGCAGGAUGGUGGAGGACAUGGAGCUGAAGAUGCGCAACCUGCUGCAGGAGGUUUACUUUGGCAAAGCCAAGGACGUUGUCGGCGAUCUCCGGAGCAUUGCUUCUUUGAGUGAAACGAACCGCGACAGGGCUACGCACAAGGAGAUGAUCAGCAGCAUGGGCGGUGGACGCCCUGCGUUCCAUGUUGACACCAUUGAUUCUCCACAGACCGCACGUCCCACUUGCUCCAACUGUCGCAAGUGGGGAAUUCCAUGUGACUACACAAAUCGGCUUUACGCAGCGGAGCGAACGUUCGGCGUUGGUUCUGCUGACGAGUACACUGACCGGAACAGUUGGGCCGUUGAACCAUCAACGAAUGCCUUGGGUGCCAGCAACUUCCCUUUCCAGGACGCCGUUCACUUCCAGUGGCAAUCAAAGCAAAGUUCAGCUCAACAUGCUCUUACCGUACCAGACAUGCUCUCAGGGUUGCUGGACACCAAUGCACAUAUGGAUGUGUCUUCUGAAGUCCCCUUGACGAUACCGGAUUCAGGAGGAGAUGCAACAAACUCGGCAGGAGUGGAUUUCGCGGCCCUUUUUGAUUGUAGUACUGAAAUACCGGAUUUGAACCAAAAUCAAGCUUUCGAUGCGCCCAUCUCCGGGUCAGGCAGUCUUACAGAUGUGGCGAUUCCCUCGCUUUGUUUAGAGAACGGGUUUCCAUCCGAGUCAUUGCUACUGGAACUGGUGGAUAUUUAUUUUGCUCACCACCAAGUCUUCCUGCCUUUUCUUCACAAAAGUCAGUAUCAACAAAGGGUCAAGCGGUUCCGACGCGAGAGCCCAGAUCGCCAAGAUGCUGCACUGCUGUAUGCCGUGCUUGCCAUAGCGGCCGCAUCCCACCCGGAUCCUACAGUUCGAGACCGUCGGCUUGAGUGGUUUGCUAAAGCCAAACAAUUAAGCGGGAACACGGAGAAGAGAUAUGCGUCGCUGCAAGAAAUCCAAGCAAGCCUUUGCAUAUGCCUACUUGCAUGGACUACGGGCGAUUAUCCCCUUUGCUGGCUAUCCAUCGGAACAGCCUGGCGACAGGCAGUCACACUCGGCCUGAACCGUAUCGAUGGUGGGCAAUGCAAUCUUGUCCAGGAAGGCAGCCUGCCCAAGUGUGCGCUGGAAAAGGAAGAGCAGCGGCGAACAAUAUGGACGCUGUUUUUGAUGGACCGCGGUAUGGCAUUUCCUUGCGGGUGGCCGCACGCCAUCGAUGACAGGCAGUUCAUGGUGAAUCUGCCAGUCGACGAAGACGUGUUUCAAAGCGCCGAUGACAAGACACCUGUGUUGAAUAAUAGUACGAUGCCUUUCACCCGCAACCUGCGGAAAUUGACCACGUCUACCCCAACCGAAGGUAGCUCAACAGUAUACCAAACAAUACUGAAAGCCUACAUCCUUUUGGGCCGCAUUACAGAACACGUGAACUCACUGGAGGCUUCAUCCGAUCCCGACGGGCAUUUCCUCGAAUUCCAGCAAUUGGACACGGAGCUCAGUCGAUUCAAACUAAGUCUUCCAAGAUCCACCACAACAUUGCGGUCCUCAUCCGUCAGAGAAGCAACGCACAUAUUCUGGUUGAACGCCAUUGUAGGCAUUCUUGUGAUAUUGCUUCACCACAGGCCCGACACAGCCGCAUCCAAGCCUCCGCAAUCGUCAUCGGCCGUCAACACCCCAGUCUCCGAAACACGCAACAGCAUUGAUGGGUUUGAGUACUGCGUUGCCGCUACCGAAAAUCUAUCCCGCAUGAUCCAAGACGCAACCAAAGUUUCAGUCGACGCUCUGAUCAACCCGCACAUCGGCUCGUCCCUCUACGGCUGCGGCAGGACGCUCGCCCUCCACUAUGUCGCCGGUGGCGGAACGAAGAGCGAGGAGGAGAUCAGGUCAGGCAUCGACAUGUACCUGCUGCUGUUCGACCGUGUGGCAGACGUCUAUCCGACGCUGGGUACCAAGUUUAGGAAUGGGAUGAGGUAUACCCUUGCUCAGGCUCCUCAGAUCAUACGCGAGAUGAAAGCGGAUGGCGCAAGGGGAAUGCUGAGCAAAUGUGGUGACUGGGCUGGAGCGACCCCGCAGGCCACGCUGCAAAAUCUCACGGCGGCGUUUUCGCGGUGA